AGAAAAUGGAAAGGUCGAAGGAAGAGAUCCUUGAUGCGAUUGAUCUAGAUCAAGGAUGUCGGAAACAAGUUGGGUCGGAUGAGAAAUUCAAGCUCGUAGUCUGGAUCAUGAGACUCGUGGUAUGAAAAUGGGAAAGCAUGAUCGCGUUUGUACGAAAGAAAGAAAGAAAGGCAACGUGACGAAUGCGAUGAGCGUGGACGGUGAGAUGAAUCUCGAAAAGCGAUGCAACACGCUUUAGCAUUGAGAGAGCUUCUUUUUCUUCUUCUUCUUCUUCUUCUUAUUCUUCUCGUUUUUUCUUCGGUCAUCAUAGUAAUUGCAGAAGGUUCCUACAUGUGUACAUUAAUCAGACGGAACGUGCGCUUUCGUUUUAAGGAAUGGAGAAGAACUAAGUGCAUCAUCGAGUUUGGCAUGUGAAAAUAUGAAAUUGCAAUUUUGCUGAUCUACGUUAAAGGUGAAAAGCAAAUUGGUAAUCGUCUUUGAUCGUUAAUCGUUGGGUAAUCGAAAAGUUGUAAAACUCGAAUAUAUAUAUAGUAUAUAUUUAUUUAAAAGCCUAUUUCUCUUUGCCGGUUAAUAAUCCAAAUGUCUGAUGUUUUAUCAUAGUUCAUUAUGUGACAUAUUCUAUAGAUCUCAAAAGGCGAAAAGUCCAUCGAAAGUACAUUUUAUAUUGAAUGAACGAUUGUGAGGUUAUCCAUUGAAUGAAGGAAGACAUUUUUCAUCAGUGAAUUUACGCAAUUAAAAGACAUUAUAAAUGUACACGGUUAUAGUGUAUUUACAGAUGCUGCGUACACCUACAAUAAAAGAGACUUAUUGCAUCGGGUAGCUAUAAAAGAUACAAAGUACAUUCAAUACUUCUCUAUACCUUUCAACGACUUUUCCAUCGUUGCACAACAACAACAACAACGUUUCUCAUUUAUUCUACGAAAGCUUCUUUACGGAUCUUCGUGUUUUUUCUCAUACCUCUUUUUCCUUCUUCUUUUUCUACUCUGACAUCUCGUCCUAACGACAAAAGGUAACGUCGUCUAGCAUAGUUGAAAAGUAACGGCCUUCGCGAGACAUAGUUGCGACUAAUGUAAGUUACCAUUUGCAGUUGAGUCCAUUUUUUGAUUGUUACUAAUUCGUUUUAGGUCAUCUUUUUGAAAAAAAGGAUUACAUAAAUUGGUAUGGUCGAAAAAAAGGUGAAAGGGGAAACCGGAGGUGAUUGUCUCGUCGUCAUGAACUGACGACUCCUACAGUUGGCUACCUAAUACUAACAUGUGAUCAGUUUUAACGAGCGACUAAAAGAAAAAGAAAGGGAGUGAGAGAAGAGGAGAGAGGACAGGUGGGGUUAUUUCCCAGGUUACUCGUAGCACCAAGGGAAUGUGGGCCGACUAUAUACUGGCUCAUCACGAUCCACCGUCAGUUCAUUCCUUCUUUGUAUUUCCAAUUCGUAAGACCGAUCUUCUUUCUACUUCUCUUCCUCAACACUCUCUCGGCCUCUUUCUGCCAAUCGCCGUUGGAUUCUUCUCGCGUACGAGAAAUCCUUUCCGAUUUAUACUGCCCGAGUUUAUAUCGAACAGGAAGAGAAMAGGAAGAAGAAGAAGAAGAAGAAAAAGGAAAGGUGUUUAUUAAAAGUUUUUGAGUCUGAGAGUAUGAGGGUCGCCAUCUGUUUGCUGUUCCUCGGCGUAAUCGUCGUGAACGCUCAACGUCGAUUGUCCUUGCCGGAUCCACGAAGUUGUUCAAAUCGGGUUCGUCACGCGAGUUACAGGGACGGAAGGGGCGUUUCUCAUUCGUACUUCUUCAGUUGGGAACAUUUGCCAACUAGAAGCCUCGAAGUGGACUGGCUUGAUGCUCGUAACAUUUGCCGUCGUCAUUGCAUGGACGCGGUAUCCCUCGAGACACCACAAGAGAAUGAAUUCAUCAAGCAGAGAGUAGCCAGAGGGAACGUGAGGUACAUCUGGACUUCUGGACGUAAAUGCAAUUUUAACGGUUGCGACCGUCCCGAUCUUCAACCGCAAAAUGUCAACGGAUGGUUCUGGUCUGGAUCCGGUGCUAAAAUCGGACCAACCAGCCAACGUAAUUCCGGAGAUUGGAGCCAUACUGGUGGAUACGGUCAGCCACAGCCAGACAACCGCGAGGCUGCUCAGGGUAACGAUGAAUCCUGCCUGUCCAUUCUCAACAACUUCUACAACGACGGCAUUAAAUGGCACGACGUUGCCUGUCAUCACGUAAAGCCAUUCGUUUGCGAGGACAGCGACGAGCUCCUGAAUUUCGUCGCCUCUCGAAACCCGGGAAUCCGUUUGUAAAGGUGUAAACGCAUUCAUCGAGAGACAACCCAGACGAGAUCCCACAACGGACGAUAACGCGAUAAUUAAGAUGAUAUCGCUUUGCGGUUAUCGUAUAUUGCCGUUUAUUUAUGAUUUACUAACCGAUUAUUGUUUUAAUACGAAAUUUUGAGACUCUUUUAAUUUUGUGCGAUUUGUCGAGAAGACAGAAGAAAAAAACUGAACGAUUGGUAAAGCACGUACACACGAAUUAAAGUGGUGUAGCAAAAGUAUUAUAUAUUAUAUACAUAUAUAUAUGUAUGUCAAU